AUAUAUGAUAACAGGGAUUAUGAACGGAACUUGCAAGAUGUAUAUACAUUGUGUAUAUCGUCCGCGUUGAGCGCAGCAUAGAGCUUGCCGCAAACGGUGCGAUAAAGCACAUUGGAGCGCAGCAUAGAUCUUGCCGCAAACGGUGCGAUAAAACACAUAGACAAUGUGUGUGUCAAGCCAAAAAACAUUGGUAGCUUCGGGUACAAGCAAGAUCUCGGUCUCUGUUAUGUGGAUUCACGUUUUGGAUAGUGGCCCUGCCUUUCUGCGCUGAAUUCGAUCCGGGUUUUGCUGAUUUCGGCUUCAAAAGCUAAAUAGAUAAUAUUAUCCAUACGUUUUCAAUCUGAAACGCCAACACCCACUGCAAUUUUUUUCAGAAAAAUAUGGGUUUGCAUUGCCAAGACUACCCACAAAUAUUGCUGGUUUCUAUUUGUAUCAUUGUCGCCUUCAUUAGCAAGUGCAAUGCAGACACAGAUCCAGGAGAUGUGGCCGUUUUGGAGGCUUUUUUAACCAAUAUUGACAACAAGGAGCUUCUGCCCAGCUGGAAGGGCAAUGACGCAUGUGGUGUGUGGAAGGGCGUAAUCUGCGAUGGUAAGACUGUUAAAGGCAUUUCAUUACAGGGCAUGGGUUUAUCAGGUACGCUUCCUUCAAAUUUUAACCAGCUGGGAUCCUUAACAACAAUAUCACUGCAGAAAAACAACCUUUAUGGCAGUCUACCCAGUUUGAGAGGGCUUUCAAAGUUGCAAGUGGCCUAUUUGAAUGACAAUCAAUUUGAUGGCAUCCCAAGUGAUUUUUUCAUGAAUUUGACAAAUUUAGUAGGCAUCUAUUUGAAUAACAAUCCUUUGAAUAAAACCACUGGAUGGACCCUGCCUGAUGAUUUGUUGGGAUCCCCUCAGCUGACCAAUUUGUCUCUGUAUAAUACCAGUCUCGUUGGUUCUAUUCCUUCAUUUUUGGGCAAACUGGGAAGCUUGCAGGUCCUCAGUUUGCCCUAUAAUUCUUUAGAGGGGCCUUUACCAAGCAGCCUCAAUAGCACCAGCUUGCAGGUUUUGAUUGCCAACAGCCAGCAGGGGCAGUCACAACUGGGGGGUACCUUAGACGUGCUUGGGAGUAUCAGUACUCUGACUCAGGUAUGGCUACAUUCUAAUAACUUUUCUGGAGAAAUCCCUGAUGGUUUAUCAAAAGCUAGUGGUCUGAGAGAACUUUUAUUGAAUAGUAACCAGCUCACUGGUACGGUGCCCCAGUCUGUAGCUUCUUUGCAGAGUCUGGCUAAUUUUAGUGUGGAUAAUAACUUGUUUGAUGGGCCUAUUCCUAAGGUGGGUGAUGGUGUGCAAUUUACAUAUGGGGGUAAUUAUUUCUGUAGCAGCAAGCCCGGGGAGAACUGUAGUGCAGAGGUUAGUGUUCUGUUGGCUUUUCUUAGAGGUGUUGGGUAUCCCGCUGCUAUUGUCAAAUCAUGGUCGGGGAAUGAUCCUUGCAAUCGGUGGGCUGGGGUUUCAUGUAUCGGUGAUAAUCAGGUUUCUGUUGUCAAUUUAGCCAAGCGAAAUCUGAUUGGAUACAUAGAUCCUGCUAUUGGGAAUCUGAGUGCUUUGACUACUCUGAAGCUGAAUGAUAAUGGGCUUAUCGGGACGAUUCCUACAAGUUUAGCUGGAUUGAAAGCUUUGAAAGUAGUGGAUGUGAGCAACAAUAAUUUGAAUGGUCCAGUUCCAACUUUAUCAGGAGUACAGGUUAUUACUGAGGGGAAUGUUAAUAUUAAUAACGUUGCUCCCAGUUAUCCUCCUGGUAGUAAUAGCAGCAGUGGUAGUUCUGAUUCUCCUCCCGGAUCCGGAGCUGCUCCAAAUGGAAAGUCUUCUGGAGGCAAAAAGUCGAAUUCUGCUGUCAUUAUUGGGAUUGUUGUUGGUUGUGUUGUAUUCAUUGUAUUGUUUUUAAUUGUCUUUGCAUACAAGAGGAAAAAACCCAAGUUUGUAAGGCUGCCCACAGAGCUUCAGGCACCACGACAUGUGACAAUUAAUGGUGCUGGUAGUGGUGAAGCUGGAAGCAGCCUGGUUGGGUCUCAUGGAAACAUGGUUUACCCUCUAUGGGUGCUUAAAAAAGCCACAGAUGAUUUUAACCCUACAAAUUUGUUGGGGAAAGGGGGUUUUGGAUCUGUGUAUGAAGGUAAGCUGGAGGAUGGUUCCAAGGUUGCAGUCAAGAGAAUGGAUCCUGAGCUUGUCUCAGGCAAAGGAUUGCAAGAGUUUCAAGCAGAAAUUAGCAUGCUGGGAAAGGUCCGGCAUAAGAAUCUUGUUGCCCUGCUAGGUUAUUGUACUGAGAGUAAUGAGAGAUUGCUGGUGUAUGAAUACAUGCAUCAGGGUACGCUAAGCGAGCACCUUUUCUAUUGGGAAGAGAAAGGGCUCAAGCCUUUGGAUUGGAAUGCUAGGCUAUAUAUUGCUUUAGAUGUAGCUCAUGGUAUGCAGUAUCUGCACAAUCUGGCCUACAAAAUUAUCAUUCACAGGGACUUAAAGCCUUCAAAUAUCCUUUUGGAUGAUAACGUAAGAGCAAAAGUCUCAGAUUUUGGUCUUGCAAAACUUGCGCCUGAAGACAAGGCAUCUUUGGAAACGAGGCUAGCUGGAACAUUUGGAUAUCUCGCUCCAGAGUAUGCAGCUACUGGGCGUGUCAAUACAAAGUCAGAUGUGUACAGCUUUGGUGUUGUUCUUAUGGAACUGAUCACAGGUCAGAAAGUAUUGGAUGAAAAACGUUCUGAAGAUAAAAUUCAUCUGGUCCCUUGGUUCAGGCAUGUAAGCAGGGAACAAGAACAAUUUAGGACAGCAAUAGAUCCCAUCCUCCUAGCGACUGAUGAGAACAUAAAAAGCAUUAGUGCUGUGGCUGAGCUUGCCUGGCAUUCUACUCAAAGAGAGCCAAAUGCACGCCCUGACAUGGGUCACGCAGUUGCUGUUUUAGGAUCCUUAGUAAAACAGUGGAAACCUUCUACUGUUGAGACUGAUGAUGAUGAUAUUUUUCCUUCAGGAAUGACACCUGAACAGGCCCGGUGGAAGAUAUUUGAUGAUUUGUCAUUGAGUAUGGCAGCAGACAGGAGUGAUGUUGGAACUUCUCAAGGAACUUUUCAUGAAGGGCCUGGUUCUGUUAGUGCAAGAUGAUUUCCAAUUGAAAGAACUACAAUGAAUUGUAAAAUUGCGAGUCUUUUUAACAAGGUGCCAUGGACAAUCAUAUUCUGUCAUUUUCAAAUCAGUCAGAUGCGACAUUAUUCUUGCCUACCUUAAAUUAUAAGUUUCUAUUGAUCCACAGGACCUGUGGUCUCUGCAAUUCAGUGCUUCUAAGUCUUGUUGAGUCCGCAAACCCAAAAGGCACAGAUGAUAUUUGCAAGAUUAACCAUUUGUGUUGGUAAGUGGCUAGAGAGAGAAGAAAUAUACCAGAAUCAUCUUGCUUCGGCUCUUGCUGAAUGAAACAGUUAAAGAAUCGGCUUCUAUGUGAACUACUCCAGUAAGUUACAGAGCUCUUAUACAAUUUUUGUAAUGAUUUAAUCAUAGAAAAGAAACUAAGACUAACAGUCUAAAAUUGAUCUUCGGCCUUUUGGAUAUUCUUUGAAGUGAUGUUCUGUUAAGAAGUUCUAGUGGCCAUGCCAUUUUUCAGAGUUC